UAAAUAUGGAGAUACAAUAUAUCGAUUAUUUCACAAUUAAAUAGUGCUAUCGAUAGUUGACAGUACUGUGCAUUUAAUCUAUAGAAAAACAAUAAACUUAGUUACAAAUGUGAAAGUUGUUAUUACACAAUAAAGUAACUUGGAAUAAUAAUUUCUUUUUCGUAUAAGUAUGGAUGAAAACGAUAGUCUUCCAGUAAUAGGUAUUCCAAAUGUUCCUAAGCAUCUACAUAUAACUGGAAGUUGGCUCAAUAGUAACAGAAUUGGCAUAUAUAAAAAAUUAGCUAAAGGAAGUUUGGAAAAAUAUGAUCCGAUGGUAUAUAUUUUAAAACCAGAAAUAAUUUUAUUUUCACCACAAUUACGUAAAUUAGUGAAUGAGAGUAACGGUGUCUUUCUGUCCAUUCAAAAAAUAAAAUCUGUUUCUGGAGAUGUUAGACCAGAACUUUUAAAACAUAGCAAGCAAUACAGGUCUAUUUUGAGAGCAUGCAUAGAAAGUUUGCAAGACAUUUGUGGAAAAUGUUUGUCAGAUAAGAAAGAAUCACUAGAAAAUUUUCUGACCAUUUUUUAUCAAAUAGAAUGUGUUUGGCACUUGAUUGAAAUUCUUUAUGUAGAUGUAGUGCCAGGGGAUGUAAUUUUACCACAGCUGUUAGAGUGGAUUAGAUUUCACUUUCCAUCUAGAGAACUUGUAGCAGUUAAAAUAUUAGCUCAGAAGACAAUCGGCGCUGAUUUGGAGUAUCCAAAUUAUUGGGAAGCUGUAAUAGGCUGUGCAUUACAUGGAAAGUUAGAUUUAGUGAGAGCUUUAUUGACAUUACAUAGUAAAGCAGAUCACCCUGCUUUUGUAAUGGCAGAAAAUGUUCUUAAAACAAUGCCUAUCUAUAAUGUAUAUGGUGGUUAUUCUGUAGAUGGAUUUACUACAUGUUGGAAACGUUGGCAACUAGAGUUAUGUUCAAAUUUAAACAGUAAAGCUUUUAUUGUUGACACUAAUUUGGAAAUGAUUAUGAAGUUAAUUGCAGGAGAGCAAGAUAUGCUGUGGCAAUUUUCACAAUAUACAGAUGCUUGGUAUGAAUUGUUGGCAGCAAAAUUAUUUUAUACCUCUCCGUGUUGUAAGCAACCUGAACUUUCUCUUCAUGCUAAUAAUAUUUCCAAAAGAUGGCAAGCUAAUAGACCUUCUGAUAAUGCUAUACGUGCUGUGAUGGAAAGCAACUUGCACCAUGUUAUUAAAGAAAUACAAUACAUGGGUGAUAAUGGAUGGUUUGCUGCUCAUUUGGUAGAUUUAUUAUAUGCUUGUGGAAAACUUAAAAUAUUGGAUAGAGACCAAGUGGAAGUCAGUAAUCAACUUCAUGAAUCUCUUAUAUUGGAAUAUGGCAACACACUAAUGGGACAUCACUCUUUAUGGCAAUGUGGUGCAAGUUACUUGAUACAUUGUCCUGCUCAAGGUUUAGCGAGACUAGAGAUACUAUUACAAUCACUACCAAUGGGAUCAGAAGCAAGAGUAAAUAAGAUCCUGGACAUAGCACGAGAUAAUAAGAUGGAUCAUAUAGUUACUAGUAUUUGUAAAAUUCAGGGACUGAAGUCUAUGAAACAAGGAAGAUUGGGCAAUGCGCUUGCAUGGGCAUUAAAAGCACAGGAUAGUGGUUUUAUAACAUAUAUCGCAGAUCAAUUUUUAAAGCGUUAUGCAGAAUAUGGAGAAUUGGAUUGUCGUGACUUAUUAGAAAAUUUAGGUUUUUGUAUGAUGGCUAGUGAUAGACUCACAUUUUUGGCUUUUGGUCAAUACUUUUGUCGGAUGCUAUUCCACUAUUAGAAGCGAAAGAUGUAAUUUUGUCUUCCAGUGAUUGUUUUGAAUUAUUACGUUGCGUAGAAGCACAUGGAGACGACCUAAAAUUUCAAAAUAAAAUUGAAAUUUUCCGACUAGCUGUCGCCAGGAAUCUGGCUCGAGCAUUGAGUCUUGAAGGCUGCCAAGUGGAACAUUAGAAGAUUUAUUACCAAUUUAUUAUGUUAAAGAGUUUUCUAAUUUUUUAAUUAAAAAAAAUUUCUAUACAUAAUUAUUAAUGUAUUUCAUUGAAUCAUAGUACAUCUCCUUAAUGUUAUAGAUAUAACGAUAAAAUUUGUAAAUAAAUAUUUUUACAUACUGA